AAUUCUUUGAUGUCUCUGUUCUGUGGAGAAAGAGAGUGAAAUUUUAAGCUUCCUCCAAGGUUUUGAAACCAAGGCAACCACUUUCAAGAGAGAGAGAUGGGAAAACAAAGCACAAAAAGAAGCCAGAGAGUGUUGUUAAUACCAGGUCCAUUCCAAGGGCACAUAACUCCAAUGCUUGAGCUAGGCACCACCCUUCAUUCCAAGGGCUUCUCCAUUACAGUUGCACACACGAUCUUCAACUCUCCCAAUCCUUCUAACCACCCUGAUUUUGUCUUCCUGCCCUUAUCAGACAAUCUAUCUGGCGCUGAUAUUUCCUCUCGAAGUCUGAUAGCUCUCAUGAAAACUAUCAAUACCAACUGCCAAGUGCCACUCCGGGAAAGCUUGGCUCAGAUUAUGGAAAAUCCGGAGCCAUAUGACCAGGUCGUAUGCAUAAUCUAUGAUACUAUCAUGCCCUUUGCAGAAGCUGUGGCUAACCAUCUGCAGCUUCCAAGCAUCAUUCUGCGCACCAAUAGCGUUUCAGCCACGAUAGCUUACGAGUCCCUCCCUCGGCUCCAAGCAGCAGGUUACAUUCCUCUGCAAGACUAUAUGUUGCAGGAUUUAGUGCCUGGCCUUCAACCCCUAAGGUUCAAGGAUCUGCCAAUAUCCAAAUUUGGAACGUUGAAAGAAUCACUAGAGAUGAUUGCAGAUAUAAGCCAUAUAGGAACUUCUUCGGCCAUCAUUUGGAACAGCGUGGACUGCCUUGAACCUUCAGCACUAGCACAGCUAAAGCAACACUCCCAAGUUCCGUUAUUCACAAUAGGCCCUUUGCACAAAAUGGCUCCAGCCUCGUCCACUAGCUUAAUAAAAGAGGACACCAAUUGCUCUGCAUGGCUUGACAAGCAAGCUCCGGACUCAGUCAUAUACUUGGAACUCAAGGACUUCCCUUUCAACGAAGCACCGUCUUCGAUCCAUUUUCGCUCGACAUUUGGGAACCUUCCGGGAAUCUUUAAAGAAGAAAUAAAGGUCAAAAUCGAAGAUGAUGGAGUUCUUCAGAUUAGCAAAGAGAGGAAUGUGGAGAAGGAAGACAAGAACGAGAUGUGGCACCGGGUCGAGCGAAUCAGUAAGAAGUUCAUGAGGAGGGUUUAG